AUAUCAUCUUGUCGAAAGUGUUUCCUGCGUUUCCGGCGGCGAGUUGUUGUUAUUAGCCAGAAAAAUAUCACCUCAACGUAAAAAAACACCGCUCAUUUCAAUCUUAUUCGUUUUUUGUGUUCAGUUUAGCUCACAGCUUCAUCGUUCUUCUUCCCCGUGUUGUUAAAUAAGUUAAAUAAGCUCAACUGGCAACAUUGAGCAAGCCCGCUAGCUUGUUGUAGCUGUUGUAGCUCGCCAGAGGAGAGCAGGUGGACGAGGUUAUGCAGACAGGUUUAAUGUGGACAACAAAACGUGACGACACGGAUCACCAAUGGCAGCUCGGCGACCCUUCAUGGACACGGACACCGCCGACGAAGCGGUGAGGGCGACCUGUGACGACGCGACCACUUGCAAAAGGUUUGCUACCAGUAAAGGCUACUGGAGGGACCCCUAUAUUCAAUAUUUCGUGAGGUCUGUGGGGGAGCGGAAGGCACCUGAAAUCAACAGAGGUUACUAUGCCCGUGUUCAAGGAGUUGACCAUCUCCUUGAUGCCUUCAUAAGGAAAGCAGAGGGUGACUGUCAAGUAAUCAACCUGGGGGCUGGACUGGACACCACGUUUUGGCGACUUAAGGAUAAAAACCUCUUGCCACGGAAGUUCUUUGAGGUUGACUUUCCAACAGUUGUGGCCAGGAAAAUACACAAUAUCAAGACAAAACCGCCCCUGUCCAAACCCCUCAUCGAAACCCACUCCACAGAUUCCCUCCUGCUAGACGCCCACAGCCUCGACUCGGACCGCUAUUGCAUCAUCGGGGCGGACCUCCGAGACAUCUCUAGUUUGGAUGAAAAACUGAAGAAGUUCCAGCUUAAUCCAGAAUUACCGACGUUGCUCCUGUGCGAGUGUGUGCUGGUCUACAUGACGCCCUCCCAGUCCUCCAACAUCGUUCACUGGGCUGCGGAAACCUUCCACACCGCCAUGUUCGUCAACUACGAACAGGUGAACAUGAGCGAUCGGUUCGGCCAGGUGAUGAUCGAGAACCUGCAGCGGCGCCAGUGCACCCUGGCGGGAGUGGAGGCCUGUCAGUCUCUGGACUCUCAGAAGGAGCGGUUCCUGAAGGCGGGCUGGCCACAUGCUGACGCGCUGGACAUGAUCACAGUCUACAGUAUGCUGCCCCAAGAGGACAUGGCGAGAAUUGAGAGUCUGGAGUUCCUGGAUGAGCGCGAGCUGCUGCAACAGCUGCUUCAGCACUACAGCAUCUGCUGGGCCACCAAGGACCGACUCAAUCUGGGUCUGUCUCAGUUGGCGUUCUGAGGGUGGAAACGCUCCACCGCUGGACCUGCUUCACACGCGUCUGAGCCAAACUCAACCAUGGGAGAAGAAGAUGUGCGAAGGCAGACAUUUUGG